AUGAACCCCUACAGCACGAAAACACCAAACUCAAACCACCUUCGCAAACGCGAAACAAACGAGGCCGGGAAAGUCGGGAUCGAAGACAAUAACAAAUACGCAACGAAAACACCAACCGCACUCAAAGACACGGAAACAACAAAGAUAAACGAGACCACGGUAUAUCGCAAAGCAAUGACGAAGUGGGCCCAGAUCACAUACAUCACGGCAUCCGAACAUCAAACGCCCGGCAACGAGCCUCUAGCCAAACAAAAACGCGACAAAAACAAAAAGAACGAGCUGCUAAAAAACUCAACUCGCCUACGCAAACUCAGCCGACUCAGAAACCCACACCAAUUCAAGCGAAUCCGUCGUGGAACCCACCCACCAAACAAGCAGAAUCAAAACAAAAAACCGUACGAAAUACAGACAAAAGACAUGGAGGUACCCGCCAGACCCAAAAGAACAACCCCUGCAUCCACCGACACGCGACAGCAACACCUGCCCCGACGAGACAUGCGCGCCAGGCAAUCCACCAACAUGCCUCGCACCCACGACGAAUAG